AUGUAGGAGUUGCCAGCAGUUGAUAAAAUAUUUAAGGAAGAAGGAGUAGUUUGCCAUACAUUUUCUCCUGAUGGAACAUUGUGUGCAGUUUCAUUAAAGAAAUCUCAUGUAAUUGAAAUAUAUAGCUUAAAAAAAGAUUCCUUCAGAUAAAUUAAUACUUGGCAAUACAAAACCUAACUCAAGGAGCACACACAAACUAUUUCUGGUUUAAGCUUUUCCAUAAAUAACUAGCUUUUGAGUGCAUCUCAUGAUAAAUCUAUUUUGGUUUGGACAUAGGAUAAGAAUGGCAAUUGGACUAAAUAAUCAGUUAUUUGCGAAAAUAAAUUAGGCUGUAUUAAAUGUGUAUGGAGUCCAAAUGGUAAGAAAUUUGCUGUUGGGUGUGGUGAUCACAAGGCAUACGUUGGUUACUAUGAUACAAAGAAUAAUUGGUGGAGCACUAUGGCAAUUAAGGGUCCCAAAGGAUCUAUUUCUGCACUUGCAUUCCAUCCUUCCUCUAAGGCCAUUGCUAUUGGAUCAAUGGAUUUCACUGUUCGUUUGAUAACUUUGAAUCUUGAAAAAAAUUAUUAAAGCCAUAUAGAAGACAUGGUUUAACAAAAGAAUAGUUAAGCAGACAUUGAGCAAUACAAAUAAUUGUACAUUGAUCAAUUGAAUUAAGAGGAUCCAUAAUAUAAAGGAAAGUUUACAUUAUUUGAUACUUAUUAUGAAUCUAGUAUUGAAAUUUCACAAAAUCUCACUGGUGGAUGGAUUGAUUCAUUAGCUUUCUCACCUAAUGGCUAGCUUUUGACUUUCUCAGUUCACAAUUCAAGUAUAUUUAACAUAGCUAUAACACCUGAAGGAAAGCCUACUUUUAACGAAACACCCCUUCACCUCAAAGGCCUACCUGUUUCUUGUAUGCUUUAUAAAGACGAUAAUACCUUAAUAGCUGGUACUUAUGACGGUUCUGUCCUUUAAAUAGAGUCUAGUGCAAGUGGCAUCAAGUUAAUCAAAACCAUAGAAGCAAGCAGUGAUCAAACUGCAUUUAAAGUAGCUUAAAAUAGAGUAGGUUUGGCUGCACAAAACAUGUUUAGAAAUUCUUAACAACCUGUAGCAACUUCUAAAUUUGGUCAUUCUAAUCCAAUUAUUUGCCUUUAGCACUAUCCUGCUGAGAAGAAUGUUAUAUCUUCAAACGAUAUUAAUGGACAAAUCUUCUUUUGGAAUGUUUGA